AUGGGGCCCCCGGGCAAUAGGGGAUCAUGGGGCCCCUGUGUCCUUGCCCAAACUCACAAAAGCCUAUGAAAAAAGGUACCAGGGGCAUCUCAUGGGGCCCCCUACUGACCCCAGGCCCUCGGGCAGUGCCUGAGUUUCCAAAUGGUCAGUCCGCCCCUGUUUCUGGUAACAGAUCACCAAUUUCAUUUCACAGACAUUUUAUUGUUCCCCCAAUAUACAUAGCCCAGAAUUGUACCUUUUAGGUAUUUUUGUCGAUUUGGAUCUUUGCAUCCACAUUGUCUUUUGGAAGCUUUUAUUAAGCUUUUUUAAGCUGACAUU